UCAUGUGCACCGCAACGCCGACAUCCCUCAGCCAGUAGCCCGCGCGUUUGCCGAGAAAAAUCCACCUUUUGUCUCAAACAAGAGCCGAGGCGAAAUGAGGCCUCCUCUGGUCGGGCCUUACACCGUUUUGGCGCAGGACGCCAAGGGAUGCUGCAGUCUGCACGCCCGGACGGCGGCGAUAACCGCCGCUGUUUUUUCACUGAGCAUCUCCAUACUUGUGGUGCUAAUUUACAGCUGGCGGAUCAGCGUGAACGAGGCCAAGUUCGCCGAGCUCGAGGACGUUUAUUACGGUGUACAAAUUGCCUACUUCGCUAUUAUUGGCACUCAGCUGUUUAUGAUGCUCCUCAGCGUCGUCCUGCUCGCUGGAGUGGUUAAGGAAAAGGCCGGACUGGUGGCACCGUGGAUUAUGGGCUGCGUCGCUUUCUUGGCUCUCGAGGCGGUCGCCAUGGUUUAUUCAAAUGUUCUGCGAGACCACGUAAACAGGCAAUUCGACGCCAUCUGCAAGGCUGAGGUGGCUUUUUAUUUGUGCAGAGCCGUUCUGAACGUGGUUGCCCUGAGUGGGGUGAUGCGGUUUUACCAUCUUCUCAAGGCGGGCAUCACGUGGAAAGGGCCCGAGUCCAUCGAGCUCUGAGGCCGGCGGCGCGGAAGUUGCGGAAGUGACUCCUCGCUCCUCUCUUCCACCAGCCACUCCUCGGGCCCUCAACCCGUCUAAUUAUCAAAGUUAAGUGUAAACGUACUUGUCGAGUACGCAUACCUACCACGGUGCACCACUCGCGCACACAAUGGAGUGCCACAGGGACACUUUCUUGCCCGAGAGAGAAAGAGUGAGACGGACACGGGUGCACUACAUAUCGAUGUUCCUAAAUGUUCACCAAGCAGAGUGGGCAACUGAGAGUGCAUGAGAGUGUCUCUAUUAUUCGUUCAUUUUUAAUGAACAAAAUUAAAAAAAUCUUUGGUAAUUAAUGAUUUUUUUACAUAAUAAAGCAAGAUGUAGUUUUAUGAAAGUGAAAAAUGCAAAGCUAAAAUGAAAAAUUUCAAGUCUGAUUUGUUUAAAGAGCCGUUACAGUAAAGAUUUGCUUGUUUUGAAUUUAAAGGAAUUUUAAUUUCAUGACUGAUUAUCUAAAUCUCAAUAAAGAAAUUUGCACACCUGAAAGCUUCGACGGAAUUUAAUCAAUUUUUUUUCGAACCAAAAGUUUUAAUUUUGCUUAUAUUUGUUGAAUUUCCAGACGGAAAAGAGGUUAAAAUGAUUGGAGUGCGAAUAUUUUGAUUGAGAUAUAGAUUUUAUGAGUCAAGAAUAAAAAUUGUUAGUGAAAAGGCGAUAAAUUAUUGAGAAUUUGUUUGAAAUUCAUGACCGUUGUAUGACGCACACAAAAAUUGAAACUUUUAAUGUAGACUGCCGAGAAAUAAUAAUCUUUUAAUGUGAGAAAUUGCAAAUAAAGGCAAAAUUUAGUGUCCAAAACAAAAACAUCCAUUAUGCAAGAGAGGGUGUAAUUGGAAAAGAGGUAUUUUGUCAAGUGAGAAUGUAUGAAGUGUGAAUCUCUAUUUUGAGGCCCUAAUUUUGUAACGGGCAAAAACUGUGGUCGAUUUAGAUUAAGUAAAAAUUUAAUUAUAACCACAAAAUAUACACAAAAAUUUUCAAUGUAAGAGAAACAACUUCAGUGUGAGUAAAAGAA